CUCAUUGUUUAGUCGAUCAAAAUGAAGGUGAUCAUCUUGUUGGCUUUGGCGACCAUCGCUUACGCAAAUGUGGAGCCGUUGAGCGGCAACACAGCGUAUGGCUACAUUCAGAAUUAUGCCAUCCCGUUAGCCAAAAAAAUUCGGCAACAGGAGGAACAGAUGAUGCAACAAAGGAUUGUUGGCGGACUUCCAUCAGCUCCUGGUCAAAUUCCCUUCCAGGCUGGUCUCCUGGCUAGUUACCAGGGCAUCGAUGGUACUGGUGUUUGCGGAGGUUCCCUGAUCUCUGCUAACAGAGUAGUAACAGCAGCCCACUGCUGGUUCGACGGCAUCAACCAAGCUUGGUUGUUCAACGUCGUCCUUGGAUCCACAACUCUUUUCUCUGGAGGCACAAGAUUAGCUACCAGCGUGGUUGCAAUGCACCCCAACUGGAAUCCUGUGCUCGUCCGAAAUGACGUUGCUGUCAUCUACCUGCCCCAGAAUGUGCCAUUAUCUGGUACUAUUUCCCCCGUCGCCCUGCCCUCUGGCAGUCAGAUCAAUGAAAACUUCGCUGGCGAAACUGGUCUAGCUUCUGGUUUCGGUUUGACCCAAGACGUCUCUCAAGGUGGAAGUAUCUCGGCCAAUCAGGUUUUGAGCCACGUCUCUCUGAAUAUCGUCUCCAACACUAUUUGCAACUUCGCUUUUCCGUUAUUUAUGCAAGAGAGUAACAUCUGCACUAGCGGUAUUGGUGGCACCAGCACAUGCCGAGGUGACUCUGGCGGUCCUCUAACAGUCACCAGAAACAACCAACCCCUCUUGGUUGGUAUCACCUCGUUUGGUUCUCGAGCGGGUUGCUCUUCUGGUAGGCCAGCUGUCUACGCUCGCGUCACAUCCUUCCUCCCCUUCAUCUCUCAACACAUAUAAAUUCUGAAAUAAAUAAUGUCUAAUAAUUCAAGAA